GCGGCGGAGGAGGAGGAUGGCGGCGGUGCUGAGCUCGGACCGGCUCGAGGUCUCGGUGGACGGGCUGACGCUGAGCCCCAACGCCGAGAUGCCGCCCUGCGAAGCGCGGCCGGCGCUGGGCGAGCCGGCGGCGGGGCGGGGCCGAGCGGGCCCCGGCUCCCCGGGCGCGGCGGAGGCCGGCGGCGAGGCGGCGGAGGAGGCGGCGCUGAGCCUGGAGCGGCGCUGGGGCUUCGCGCUGGAGGAGCUCUACGGGCUGGCGCUGCGCUUCUUCAAAGAAAAAGAUGGCAAAGCCUUUCAUCCAACAUAUGAAGAAAAGCUCAAACUUGUGGCACUGCACAAGCAGGUUCUGCUGGGACCUUACAACCCUGACACUUGCCCUGAAGUUGGAUUCUUUGAUGUGCUGGGGAAUGAUAGAAGGAAGGAAUGGGCUGCCCUUGGAAACAUGUCAAAGCAAAAAGCUAUGACAGAGUUUGUCAAGCUCCUACACAGGUGCUGCCACUUGUUCUCAACGUAUGUCACUUCCCACAAGAUAGAGAAAGAAGAGCAAGAAAAGAAAAGGAGAGAAGAGGAAGAGCGGAGGCGGCGUGAGGAGGAGGAGCGGGAGCGGUUACAAAAGGAGGAAGAAAAACGGAGGCGAGAAGAGGAGGAGAGACUGAGGAGGGAGGAGGAGGAGAGGAGGAGGAUAGAGGAGGAACGACUUCGGAUGGAACAGCAGAAGCAGCAGAUCAUGGCAGCGCUGAACUCGCAGACGGCCGUGCAGUUCCAGCAGUACGCGGCGCAGCAGUACCCCGGCAACUACGAGCAGCAGCAGCUCCUCAUCCGCCAGCUGCAGGAGCAGCACUACCAGCAGUACAUGCAGCAGCUCUACCAGGUGCAGCUGGCACAGCAGCAGGCAGCCUUACAGAAGCAGCAGGAUGCAGUGGUGGCAGCAACAGGGACACCCCUGACUACUGCAUCAAAGGUGAACAGCCCUGCCCCAGGGGACACCCCAUCCAUUAAUGGGCAGGCCAGUGCACAUGCAGACAGCCCUGAGAAAGAGCUGGAUCCAGAGGUUUUGGAAGAAGCACUGGAGAAUGGACCAAAAGAUUCUGUCCCAGUGAUUGCUGCCCCAUCCAUGUGGACACGACCCCAGAUCAAAGACUUCAAGGAAAAAAUCCGUCAGGAUGCAGACUCUGUGAUCACAGUGGGCCGAGGAGAAGUGGUCACAGUCAGAGUCCCAACUCAUGAAGAGGGGUCCUACCUCUUUUGGGAGUUUGCUACAGACAAUUAUGACAUUGGUUUUGGGGUGUAUUUUGAAUGGACAGACUCCCCUAAUACUGCAGUCAGUGUGCAUGUCAGCGAGUCCAGUGAUGAUGAGGAGGAAGAGGAAGAAAAUACUAGCAGUGAAGAAAAAGCCAAAAAGAAUGCCAACAAGCCUCAGCUAGAUGAAAUAGUGCCUGUGUACAGACGAGACUGUCACGAAGAAGUGUAUGCUGGCAGCCACCAGUACCCAGGGAGAGGAGUUUAUCUUCUUAAAUUUGACAACUCCUACUCUCUAUGGAGGUCAAAAACAGUUUACUACAGAGUUUAUUAUACUAGAUAAAGGUGUGGCUGUGUCUGAGGCUGGGCUGUGCAGAAGAUGUCAUUUUAUCUGGAAUUUUCUUCAAGCAUAAUGGAUCCUUUUGAGUCUGUGUUUCAUCCUGUCUGUAUCUGUAUGGUUUGUGUGAACUUUUAACAAGUAGACACUGGGAUCUUCCUGCUCCAUGACACUAAUGCAUAUUGCAUUGGGCUUAACACAGGAUCUCCCUAACCUUUUUGGGGAUUGGAGUCAUUGGCUCCAGUGCUGAGGUCACAUCCAUUGCACUUGUUAAAGCCUCAUGAAAAAGGGGGAGGGAGUUGCUGGCUCACUGGCUGGGGGAUCUGAUGUUUCCAGGUCUGGAUGCCUUGAAUAACUCGUUGAUGGUUAAUUUAAAGGUCCCAUCAGUAACUGGUAGAUUUGGAUGCAGUUUGCUGUGUAGCAAGUUUCUCUUAACUGUAAUUGAAUGUCAGAUUUUUUACACCAUUAAAACUUGAAACUUUAAGUUUA